CGAAAGACGCUACUCUAUGGUUUCCAAAUCCAUUUCUAUUUCGUAUUCCGCUGGGAACCAGAAAUGACGUAAUAAUAGCAUGGAGCGUGUUUCCUGUUCGAUCAAGAGUUCUGCCCCAUCCCCUCGCCGAACGUCAUGACUCCGCGCAAGCGCAGUUAGGCCCCAUUGAAUUACGAAUCUUGGCGCUGUUACUUGGAGAAGGCGCUGUUACUUGGAGAAGGCGCUGCCUUGUCUGUCCGCAUUCGGGCGGGUGACCGUCGAUGUGUUGAGAGGCAGUGCGUCUGAAUAUUUGGAACCAUGGGAGUAACUAGCCUGUGGCAGAUCCUGGAACCUGUCAAGCAACAUGCCCCUCUCUGCAGUCUUAAAGGAAAAACAUUAGCUGUUGAUUUAAGUCUCUGGGUGUGUGAAGCACAGGCAGUUAAGAAGAUGGUGGGAGUAGUCACAAACCCACAUCUUAGGAACCUUUACUGUCGUGUCUCUUCUUUAACACUAAUGGGGAUCCAUCUGGUGUUUGUCACUGAGGGUGACCUCCCCAAACUGAAAAGCGGCACAGUGCAGAAGAGAAUAGAAGCUCGCUUUGGGCCGUUGAGAAAGCCUGAGAUCGCAAAAAAAGGGAGAUCCCGUUUCAAAUCUAUUUUGAAAGAGUGCCUUGAACUGCUGGAGUGCUUGGGAAUCCCAUGGAUUCAAGCAGCUGGAGAAGCAGAGGCAAUGUGUGCUUACCUGAAUGCAAAUGGCCAUGUGGAUGGGUGCAUCACCAAUGACGGAGAUGUCUUCCUUUACGGCGCUCAAACAGUGUAUCGAAAUUUUACCAUGAAUAUCAAGGAUCCACAUGUUGACUGCUACUUGAUAUCUGAUAUUGAAGAGAAACUAGGCUGCAGCCGAGAAUCUCUGAUCGGAUUAGCAAUUCUGCUUGGCUGUGAUUAUCUUCCUAAGGGAGUUCCUGGAGUAGGAAAAGAACAGGCUUUAAAGUUGAUCAAAACUUUGAAAGGACAGAGCUUACUGCAAAGAUUUGAGUCCUGGAAAGACCAUUUCCAAUUGGGUGAAGUCCCAGUAUCGACAGCUAAAAAACCGCUUCACUGUUCUGUGUGCCAUCAUCCAGGUUCUUCUAAAGAUCAUGAGGACAUGGGAUGUCAUAUCUGUGGUAGUGUGGGAUAUUGUGAGCCCCAGGAUACUAACUACUGCUGCCCCUGUGACUGGCAUUCUUCUGUGUCAGAGCAGCAAUGGAGCUUAGUGGAGGAAAGUAUUAAAAAAAAAGCCAAGGCAUGUGAAGGUUUUCCCUUUCCUGAGGUUAUCCACGAAUAUCUCAUCAGCAAAGACAAGCCAGUGAAAUUAAACGGGUGCCAAAGGCCAAAUUUAUUAUCUUUUCAAAGGUUUGCUGUCAAGAAAAUGAACUGGACCGAGCAGUACGCCUGUGAGAAAUUGUGUAGCCUUCUGACUUACUAUGAUAUGAACAGAAAGAAGUCUGGCCAUACUGAUCCAAAGCAGCUGCAAGCCCUGCGGAUAAUCAAGACACGGAUUAGAAAUGGAAUUUCCUGUUUUGAAAUUGCAUGGCAAAAGCCAGAUCAUUACUCUGCUGCAACUGAGGCUCAGCCUGCAGAUCCUUUUCUAAUAACAAUAGAAGAGUCAAUGCUAUUUGAGGCUGCUUAUCCUGAAGUGGUUGCUUUGUAUCAAAUGGAGAAGUUGAAAAUUGGCAAAGAAAAAAAGAAAAGUAAGAAGAAAAGUAAAGUGAAAGAAUGCUUAGCAGGGGACAGCAAAGUAGAAGAUACUUUUUCUGACCUGAACUUGCAACCUGCAUGUGAAAACAUUCUCACCCAAGUUUCAAAAUCUGAUUUGAGGCCUGUUUUUGAUCUGCAAAAAUCUCCAAAAAAGAGCUGUGAAUCUCUCAGUUCUUCAGACUCUGCAGAUUUUUCUACUUUGUUAGGAAAGCCAAGCAACUUCUUUUUGGCUUCACAGAAUCCAGAAAAUGAACAUAAACCUUCUAAUUCUUUAAUCUCACAAACAAAAUUAUUUGUUAAGGAGCCUAUGGCUUAUUCUGCAAAUACUGAUCUGCAGCUGAGUGGCAUUGACUGGGAAGGAACAUCCUUCAGCAUUUCUCCAAGAAAUGUUAAUCUUCCUUGGUAUUCAGAAUCUGAGUUUGGCCUAGGCAAUAAUUCUUUAAAGCAGUGCUCUCCACCACACAGUAAAGCAGCCAAUAUCCUCACGCAGCAUUCAGAUUCUGCACAACACAAUCCCAAUCUGAUCACUGCUGUAGAUUACUCUACUUCAAACACAGGCUUUCCUAAAGAGAAGAAUGAUUUGUCUUUAAAAGAUCGAGCUGCUAUGGAAAGUUUGGAAGCUUUCCCCAAAGCUAAAAGUGUGCCUUUGUUAAAUGCUGCACAAUUGCAAGAACAAAUAAAGAGAACUUCUAACCCUGGAGGGGAAUUUUCAUCUCCUCUUGACAGCAUUCAGGAAAUUGAAAAUGUGAUGUUACUAGAAAAACAUCUGCAGGGGCUAAGUUUAGAGAGCUAUAGAGAAGAUCUCCAAAGUUAUAAGGACCCACCAACUGCAGCAUAUAAAGUCAAGGACUCAGGAAGUUCUUUGAGGCAGUGCACUGAAAUUCUAAAAGUGAGUCACUUAGAAAACAAACAGCAAAUUUUGCCCUCUAGAUCAAAUAAAGUGCUAGAUAACUGUCAGAUCGGGGAAAAAUCUGUGCCAAGAAUCAUGAAAAGCUCCUUUAAGAAGAGUGUGUGCCAAAAUGGUUAUCAUGCCGAGGACAGUGAUAGUGAAAAUGUGGAGGGCAGUUGGAAGGGUCAUAGGAUCCCAAAACAACAAAGAAAGAGUCAUAUGGUUCAGUUGAAGGACAAGUGCAAUGGCAAAAGGGACAACAAGAAAUUGGCAUUUGAGAUUCAGCCAGAACCAAAAGGGAAAGUUGAGCACGCUUUUAAAGUACUCAACACUAAUUUGUCCACAGAAGAAUGUCUGCUUCUACCUCUCUCCAAGUCUCCAAGUAUCUCCAAAUGUGGAUUCGAUCCUUGUCUUCAGGAGACCAGAAGUAAUCUGAAUAUGUGGCUUGAGAGUCCGUUGCCUCUGUCUGAAAGGCUGAAGCACAGAUUGAAGAGCAGUUGAGCAUUUCCUGUUCCCUUCUCUCUGAUGUCUUCAUCUGGAAACAUCUCAAAUGUCUUGAUAGGUUUUAAAUAUCCUGUAAAUUUAAUACGUCCCAUAACUGUGAGUGAUAGAAGAUUGAAAGAAGUAUCUGAAGUGAAAUGAUUGGUAAAUUAAAUUCUUCAAGCAACUUUUCUGUAGUGACUUGCUCUAAUUUUGAUUAACAGACCUGUGAAUUGAGCUGAAGUUUUCCUAAAUAAUUUGCUUGAGUGAUUGCAUCAAUCAUACCACAAUAGCAUGAACUCAGGAAUAAAUACAUAAUAAUGUUAGGGUUUUUGCAGAGUAUAAAAUAUGUAACGACUUGCUGAUCAAUGACAGUGGCAAAGCUACUGACAUUUUUACACAAUCAGAUUGGUGUUACCAUAGUAUAUGUUUUUAUAUAAUUUUGCUGUAGAUUUUCAGAUCCAAAUUAAAUAAUGCUCUAGAUCAGGGAUGUCAAAUUCACGGUGUCACGGUGGCAUCACGUGACAUUAGGACUUUUUCCCUCUUUGCUAAACCAGGUGGGGGUGGGGCCAGCAUGUGAUGCAUCUGGCCUGCGGGCCGCAAGUUUGACAUCCCUGCUCUAGAUUCAAUCUUGGAGUCAAUCCCUACACAUGCAACACAGUUAAUUACCAGAAUUAUAAAGUGGUAAAAAAAAAUCAAUUUAGAACUAUGCCUGUAAGAUACCUUUAAAAUUAGAAAUCUAAUUUAUUGGAGAGGGCUGCUCCAAUCUAGUAGUUUAUCGGCUCAUUGUUUUCUCCUUUGACCAAUUUUCUAACUUGGUAUCAUAUGGUCUUGGAAUCAUAAUGAUUUUCAUUUGUAACUAUAUAUAAUUCGGUUUUUAAAUAGACUUUCAUAUAGACUUUUUUUUUUUUAAUGCAAUGCUUUUCAAUAGUAGUAGUUUAAAUGAAUUAAUUAGACACAAAUACUUUGCAACAGUAUUUAUGUAAUGACUAAAGUCAAGGGGAAUUUGUCUCCGUAAAUAGUUGUGUUUAAGAGUGCAGUCUUUUAAAAUAUUGUAUUUGUAACAUUAGUGAUUUUCUCUGAUUCCAGAUAUUGUAUUGUUUCUAAUCUUGCUUAGAUCAAAUUUUUGACUUUGGUAGACAAGCUCUGUAUUUAUUGGUAAAAUGCAUACUUUCCAUGCCAAAAUUAUGCGCUUUACUUCAGGCUGAAAUGACACACCCCCCGCCCCCCAAUGGCAGUUCUGGAUACCCAUUAUUGGUCAAGAGACGGCACUUGAGCGAACAGUCUUGGCACAAUGCAACUCCUAAUAGUGAUGGUGAUCAGAUCAAGGUGCAAAUCCUAUCAAUUUUCUAACAUAUAGAAUUGAAAGAAGUGCAUCUUGUUGGGUGAUUGUGGUUGUUGAUUCAUGAAAAGGGUGAAAACAUUAAUUCACACGGUUGUUAUUUUUUUGCAAUAGAAUUGUAGAUGCAAGUGGCAUUCUAAUCUACAUAUUUACUUUUAUUUUUCACAAUAUACGGUCACAUAAAUUAUUAAAAAGAUGCAGAAUCUGAUUUCAUAUGUUGUACUAUGCGGUCACCUAAUUUGUCUGAUUUGGUUUUAAUGCAAUCUAUAAAGCCAGACAUUGUGGUUUGUAAAAUAUUAUGUACAGCUUAGCAUGUGAGUGUAGCCAUUUCUAAGUCUGUUCUAUAAAUCAUGGUUAAGACAAAUGGCUAAAUGUGACAAUCGUAGCCAAUUUGCAAAAUUGUUUGAGCCGCUUUGAAUUUCCACUUACUUCAGUAGAAUGGCUGAAAAUAUUCUGAAUUCUUUCUCACUGAAACGAUGAGAAAGUACUCAAGUAUAGCUGAAUUAUGUCCCAGAUUCACAAAACUAAUUCCAAAUUCAUAUGGUUUUUUUUCUAAAAUAAUGUAAACGUAUCCUUGUAAUAUGACAUGGCAUAGUUCAGGAAUCUACUCCCUUGCUGUGUGAAACAAGGCCGUUGGAAAAAAUAACUACAGAAACCUUUUUCUAUUUAGUUGUGACACAAGUGUUGGCCUGAAGUGGGAAGAAAAAGAUAAAAUCUGUUCCCUAUUGUUUAUCCUAUAGGUUUGCAAAUUGCAGUGAUACAGCAAUGCAGAAGUCAGUAUAUCCCCUUCUAAAUGUUCAUUUUCCCUCAUAGAACAUUUUGUGUCCAGAUCCAUUCUUGCCAUAUUGUAUAGAAUUUUUCCUCUUAAAAUUACAUUAUAAUGUUAUAUACACAGUUGGAAAUCAAGUACUACCUGACACUCUUAGGAGGUGUAGUUGUGUAAAUGUACUGUAUCUAAGUCUUUAGGUUUAUUUUUUAGGCUAGAAACUAGAAGAUCAGGAGUUCUAGUUCUGCCUUAGGCCCAAAGCCACCUCUCUCUCAGUCCUAGGAAGGAGAAAAGGGCAAACCAUUUCCACAAACAUUACCCAGAAAACUGCAGGAGCUUGUCUAGGCAGGCACAACACUGAGGUAUAGCCAUCACAUUUCUUGUUGCCUUGUUUUCCAUCGCUUAUCAUAUUGGCAAGUGAUCCAACUUAAUGAGUUUAAAGUGUUUUUAUUGCCAAAAUUUUAUAACAGGGCCAUAAAUGCCUUGUAUCAAGGAAAUACAACUCAAAAAACACACUGCAUUUAUGAGCCUGCCCUGUUUAGAUAAAAGAAUUAAAGUAGUGUUUAUUAUUGUCAUUUGAAUCUCAGACGGGCCGACCUUAUAACAAGCAAAUCACCAAAGAUGUUCAAAAAGAUGUGAUUUUUAUACUCUAGAAACCUCUUUCUACGAUGGAAUUAGAAAAUAUAUAGAAAAUAUGCUGAUAACAUUUUGGAACAUCACUUUGGGAUGAAGUCCCAAUAAAAAUGAAUGGAUUUUAGUGUAUGAACAUAAAUAUGACUAUUUAAUUCUCAUUAAAGCAAUUAGCCUAAGACUGUGCAAUAUUGUUUCAAGUUCAAGUAAUCAUUUCAUGAGGAAUACAAUACUCCCCUGCAAAAAAGAAUGUUCUUUUUACAUUGGAAAUAUCAAUAUGAAUAAAUCCCAUGUCAUCCCAACCAUUUGUGUAGGCUAAAUUUGUACAGCCAAAUAUUUAGCAAUAAAGCAAGAGGUACAAAUGUA